AUGGGCCCUUCAGGAUAUUCCCAUGAUUCGUCUUUAUGUCCAGAUGCAAAAAAAGAGAUAUCAGGUGAUUUUUUGCGCGCAUAUAAGGUAUUAGAAAGUUCAAAUGAGAUUGAUAAAGAAAAUUUUGUUUUUACAGAGCUUUAUAAACAUGAUGCAUUGAGUAGUCGGUUUUCAGGAUUUGAUAAUGUAGGAAUAUCUAGAAGUGUUUUACAGCCGAAAUCUAAUUAUGUGGUACAAUCGGCUAAUAUUCCUAAAUCAAUGAAUAUAUUAGUUAAACCAGUGCCUGAGACAGAUGAUUGUAAGCUUAUGGAUGGAUGUGAUGAGGUGCUUUCACCAGAUUCUUGCUUUUAUUCUCAACCAAUUAUUAAACCUCCUAAAACAGCAAAUACUAAGCAAUUUAAGUCUUCUACAUCAGUUAAACCUGCUUGCUGGAUUUUAGAAGAGUGUAGCCCUAAAGAUCUUUCAGAACAUCUUGAUGCUUUAAAUAUUAAAAAUGAAGCGACUAUUAAAUCAUUUGAAACAUUUCCAUAUACACAAGAAUCUUCAUCUAGCUUAAAAGCAGAGAAGUCGAUUUUCGGUAAUAGUUCUUAUAUGUCUAAUAUGACUAUUCCUUAUAAAAAAUCGUGUAAUGAAUGUAAUACUGAUAAUGCUGAAUUUGUUUUGACACCGUGCGGGCAUAAGAUUUGUCAAAGAUGUCUUUCUAGCUUGAUCAGCAAUGUCCCCAUAAAUUUAUAUAUUUGCUUUAUAUGCCAUAAGGAAAUUACAAAUUUUACCAGGAAGUCUUCUUUAGAAUCUACUUUGUUGUCUAGUAAGCUUCAGUCAGUAUCUGAAUUUGGUUUUCCGAAAGCUAGCUCUCUUUUAAAUUCUUUUGAAGUGAAACAGUCAAGACAUACUGUUUUUUCUGAUAAAAGCUCUGAAUCAUUAAAUUCUACAGUUGAUUGUCUUUUAAAGGAUUCUUUAGUAUUAGAAAAUCCUUUUUCUGAUAUAAGUACUUUAGUUACUCCUCAAGAUUGGACAUGUUUAAAAAUUUCUAAUAUUCCUUGGGAUCUUUCUAUAGAGUCUAUUCAUGAAUUUCUUGGGAAAAAUGCGAGAAUUGCUCCUUAUAAUGUUCAUUCUCAGUCUAUUCAUUUUAUUAUGGAUAGGAUGUCUGCGAAAACUCAAAGCGAAUGUUAUGUAGAGUUAUCAUCAAGAAAUGAUGCACAACGAUUGGCAGAACGUCGUUCUGGUAAACUUUUGGGAUCUAGAAAUGUUAUUUUGGAAAUUGCAACUCAAGAGGAGCUUAUGAAUCGGAUAUUUCCAAAGUGGAAGGGUGAGUGGAAGGGUGUUAAUCCUUACGUAGAUGAAAAUUUAAAGUCGAUAAGACAAUUUUCUGUUCCUAAGGCGGAAAUUGUAACUAGAGAAGAGUUGAAUUCGUUAAUUAAUCAUGUGAAAACAUACAGAAGUCCAUAUAGUCGUAAAUGCCCUCAAAGGCCAUUUGAAGACUUUAUUAGCAUUCUUGCAAAAUUCCCAUGGCAUAAGGGUGAUUUUUAUACUGUUUCUCAAAGAGAUUUAUUGCAUUCUUCUUUAAUAACUCUUAUUGAAAUUUUAAAAGGUCAUUUCAAAAAAGGGCGUUUAAUUGAAUUGAAUUUUCGUCUUCUUGAACGUUUGGUUCAUGCCGGGACGACAAAUACAUGUUUUACUGAAAAACAGAAAUUUGAAAUAUUUAAAAUGGCUGGUUUAUCUUGUAAUUUUGAAACCAAUAGGAUUUCUUUGAUGAAUUUGGACUUGAAGGCUGUAAGUUGUUUUAAAGUAGAUCAUCUGCAUACAACGGAGAUAUUAUCUUUUUUAAUGUAUAAUGGGUUUAAAAUAGAUGAUUUGCAGUUAUCAGGGAAGGAUACAUGUUCUUUAUCAGAUAUUGCAAAAAUUGAGAUGUCAUAUAUUAAUUCAAAAUUGCUAGAAUAUCAGUCUUCAGUUUUAUCCACUACAUUACAUUCAGCUUUCGUUUCGUCUCGUAUUUAA